AUGAAAAAGAGGAGAGCAGUUGCUGGAGAUGAAGAACAGAGCAGCCGCACUCACUUAUCAAGGAAGAGAGAGAAACAAAGGUGCUCUCUGUGUGGAUCUGUUGGGCACAACAAAAGUAGAUGCCCUAAACCUAUUGAGGACUUGCAGUCAAAGAACAAAGAAAAGCAGCAGAAGGAAAGCACCAAAUCAAACCAUCUAGCUGCCAAGGAAGGAAGAAAGACUGCCUCUUCCCAGCCCAUUCCCAAGCAAUCUGUCAAGAGGAAAGCUGUUUCAGCAACACAGCCACCAUCUUCAACUCAAUCCAACAAUGCAGCACAGCCAAAAAGUCCUAGAGGCAGGCCCAAGGAAACUACUAAGCCCAACUGCUCAACCCAACAUGAUCUACAGCCCAACAAGGUUGCCAGUCCAACAAGUUCAGCACCUUCUUCAUCCUCAUCACAGCCAGCCACCAGAACUCUUCCUUCAUCUCAGCCUACCCUUACCACAUCUUCAAGCCAACCUGUUAGGCACUUCUCUGCCAGGCUUUCUGGAGCACCUCACAUUUCUCCAAAGAAACUGAAGUUAAUGGCAAAGUUGCCUCUAAGAAAAUGGGGAAUGCUUUAA